GGGCAACCGGCAACCGGUAUAAAAACGAAGCGGCUCAGUGGAGACCUUGAAAGUCGUCCCUUGCUCUUCAAGACCCGACGCUGUUCUGCCAUUCGUUGUCUCGAGACCAGGAGUACCAGCUGUAAACAAAGGGAGCCAUGAAACUGUUGCUGUUCGCAGCCGCGCUGGUGGGACUCUCCGCCGCGCAAAUCGUCGAGCGCCGGGUGAUCAAGAACCCCGAUGGUUCGACCACUCACAUGGAGAGCAGCUCCUGGGGCCACAGCACCUUCAACCAGGAGGCCGCGGACACCGAUGGUCUCAUCAGUGGCCGUAGCGGCUACUCAGACAACACAGGUGUGAAGUACGACCGCCACUACACCGUAGACCGGAACGGACAGCGCCGCUUCAUCGACCCCAAGGACAGCAAGCUGAAGGGCCCAGCCCCCGCCUUCCCCAUGCCUCAAAGCGGCUUCGGAGCCGGCGCGGACGACGAGUUCCUGUCUGGACGAUCAGGCUUCGGCAACCUGCCCGGUUUCGGAAACCUUCCCGGUUUCGGAGGCAACGUGCCCGGCUUCGGCGGUAACUUCCCCGGAUUCGGCGGCAACCCAACAAUGGAUCUGUGGCGCUUCUUUCCCCCUGGAUUCAGGUUUUAGCUCAAACGGAACCAAUAAAGGAGUUCUCCUUGAGAUCCCCAAA